UGCUCUUAACUUAGUUAACUCAAACAACGACAACUAGUAACACAGUACAGUUAAGGAAAUAGUAGACGAGAAAAACAAGAAAAUAAUUUUAUUAGAAAGUUAGAAGUGAAACCCGUUAUUUCAUUCUCGGUUUCAUACAGACAUAUCUCAAGUUCAAGUGUUAGUCAAAAUAAACUUUUCUCAUUAGUUAACUUAUUUUUCGUCUUUUCACUAAAAAAUAGAUUAAUAUAUCUAUUUAACUAAGAUUCAAGAGUAUUAAAAAUCAUAAUAAUUAUUCACAAUGACAACAGUAUACACUAGUGCAGAAGUUGCACGUCAUAAUAGUGCUAAAGAUCUAUGGAUGAUUAUUCAUGGUGGAGUGUACGAUUUAACAAAAUUCCUACAAGAACAUCCAGGUGGUGAAGAAGUUCUAUUAAAGCUUGCUGGAGCUGAUGGAACUGAAUGCUUUGACGAAAUGGGUCAUACAACUGAGGCAGUUCAAUUACGAGAGACUUUUAAAAUAGGAGUUUUAGCAGCUGGAGAUAAAGGUGGAUCAACUAGUCUAGUAUUUGAUAAAAAAUCACCAUCAGUUGAUGAUGAUGAUUGGGAAUAUCAACCACCAGUUAAAGAAUCUUCUAAUUUAAAGCCACUUUUUAUUGGUAUUCUUGUUGCUAUUUAUGCUUUUAUAUAUUAUUAUUUUCUAUAAAAUGAAUGUAAAUUAUUGACAUUUAAUUAUUUAUCAUCAAAGUAGAUCAAUAAAAUACCAAAGUGUAUCAAAUAAACAUGAUAAAAAAUAUUUUGAUUAAAUAAAUCGAAUCUUUUUCUAGCUACUACUCUGAAUGCAUUAUAUAAUUCUUUCAAAUAUGUAUUAUACAUUAACUAUUUUACAUAUUUUUCUGUUAAAAAAAAAAAUAGACAAUUAGAAGUGGAAAUACCAAAAUAACAUCGUCAUGCUGACGAAGACAAUACAGAUAGUGAAUCAUUAAUAAAAGUUAAAUGAUAAACAUAUAUAUAUAUAUUUGAUUUAUAAAAAAAAUUUCAAAUGUAAGAAUUGAUAAAUGAACUUUAAUCAAUUA